AUGAAACAUGCUCAGACUAGUCACCUUAUUACUGGAAUUAAAGAUGCAAAAACAGCUCCUAACAUCACACAUCUCCUCUUUGCGGAUGACAGUCUGAUUUUUUGCCAGGACACAACAAAAGAAGCUAGAAAUCUAAGCAAAAUCUUUCAGAAAAUAUUCUUAACAUUCCUAUUGUCUGAUCCAAUUCAACAUUGUCUGGGUCUCCCUACUCAGAUCAACAAGUCUAGAAAUCAAAGUUUUGGGUACAUAGUGGACAGAAUCAGAGAUAAACUCCAAAGUUGGAAGGAAAAGACUCUAUCCUAUGCUGGCAUAGUAACUCUUAUAAAAUCUAUUGCUCAAGCUAUUCCAAAGUCAUUGGUUCUUAUUAUUGCAAUAUCCAUCACCAUUGGAACACUCUACCUUGUUUUUAGGCCAAAGCUUCCUAAAUACUCAGUAGACAGAUUGAGAAUAGCACAGUUCAAUCUAAGCAAAAGCUUCUGA